CAUCAGUCAACAUGAGGGGAAUUAUUUUCUUAUUAACCUUGACCAUUGUGGGAGGUGAGAGAAACCUUGUACCCAGUUUCAAUGAAAGAAAAACACACGUUUACAAGUAUGAAGGCAUAAUUCUAACUGGACUUCCAGAAAGUGGUUUGAACCGAGCAGGUUUAAAAAUUACUUGUGGAGUGCAAAUCAGCAGACUGACACAAAGAAUCCAUCUUCUUAAUAUCACAGACCCUCAGAUUCAGGAGCUCAAUGGUGUUUGGCCCAAUGUUCCAUCGAAUACAGCAAAUAAAUUGACACAAAGACUGGCAGCCGACCUGACCAAACCUGUGAAGUUUGAAUACAGCAAUGGCCGAGUUGGAAAUAUUAAUGCCCCUAAAGGUUUGCCUGAAAACAUACUCAAUAUCCACAGAGGCAUUUUGAACAUGCUUCAGAUCACUAUGAAGAACACACAGAAUGUCUAUGAGUUACAAGAGGCUGGAAUUGAAGGCAUCUGCCAUACAAAGUACAUACUUCAGGAAAACAGAAAGGCCAACCAGAUUAUUGUAACAAAAUCAAAAGAUCUGGAUAAUUGUCAGGAAAGGGCAUUGGAGCAAAUUGGUCUUGUGUAUACAAUGCUAUGCCCUACCUGCCAGCAGAGAAGCAAGAAUUUACGCAGUAUGGCGACAUUUACCCAUAUCCUGAAACCUAAACUGUCUGGUGCACUCAUUGUUCAGGUUGAAUCGCGUGAAAUACAUCAAUUUACACCAUUCCAUGAACUUGAUGGAACUGCGAUUAUGGAGGCAAAACAACACCUCUUUCUGGAUAAUGUCAUAGCUGUAAAGGUUUCUGAACCUCAAGUUGAGCUUCAGAGCCGUGGAACUUUGAAACACCACUGGGAUAAUGAUAUACUCCAGCAACCAAUCCAAUUAAUUAAAUACCAAACUCUGGAAACCCAGAUAAUUGAAACCUUGAACCAUUUGGCCCAGAACAAUCAGGAUCAGGUUCAUUCUGAUGCUCCAGAUAAAUUUCUUCAACUUGUGCAGCUUCUUCGUACAGCAUCAGAUAAAAUCAUUGAUAGUGUGUGGAAGAAUUAUGCAACAAAACGGGCGUACAGACACUGGAUUUUGGAUGCACUUCCUGCUGUAGCAACAGCUGAUGCUCUGAGAUUUCUCAAACACAAGAUUCAGUAUUCAGAAAUGAAAGCCACCGAAGCAGCUCAGGCUUUAAUUCUUGCAAUGCAGCAACUUAAAGCCGACCGGCAAAGUGUGUCUGCAGCUAAAGGAUUACUUAGUGUUGCUCACGUGCAACAUUCCUCCAUUCUUCGCCAGAUUGUAAUUCUUGGAUAUGGUUCUGUGGUUAUGAGGUACUGCGCAGAUCGCCCAACAUGCCCCGCUGAUGCUCUUCAGCCACUCCAUGAUCUACUUGUUCAAGCUGAUCGGAAUUCCCACGAGCAUGACAUUGUUCUCAGUCUCAGAGCAAUAGGUAAUGCAGGACAGCCUUCAAGUAUAAAACAUAUAAAGAAAUAUUUGCUUGGUUUUGGAAGUGACUUGCAUCUUCCAUUGAAUAUUCAAGUUGAUGCAGUAUCUGCACUGCGUAACAUUGCAAUGAAAGACCCACAGAAGGUACAAGAUAUUACAGUACAGAUAUUCAUGAAUCGAAAGAAUCAUCCCGAAGUACGAAUGAUUGCUUGCGUUGUGUUGUUUUCUACUAAACCUAGUUUAACUUUAGUGACAGCGGUAGCUGAUUCACUGCUAAAAGAGACCAGUUUACAGGUUACCAGCUUUACAUAUUCACAUAUGAGAGCUCUGUCCAGAAGCUCGCUGCCAUCUGCCAGACCAGUGGCUGCAUCCUGCAAUCUAGUCAUCAAACUCCUGACCCCCAGACUUGACCAACUUGGUUCCCGAUACAGUAGAGUUUUCCGAAUGGAAAUGUUUAGAUAUAAUCUAAUGACAGGAGCAUCUGCUGAAAUGCUUUUCAUAAAUAAUGCUGGCAAUGCAAUCCCAUCAGCAAUCUUGGGCAAAGUUCAUGGUUAUGCCCUUGGCUCUUCAGUAGAUCUUGUGGAGGUUGGCUUGCGAGCAGAAGGUCUUCAGGGAGCCCUAAUGAGAAAUCGUGUAACACUCAGUGGAAAACCAAAUAUUGAAAAGAUUCAACGUAUUUUAAAAAUGCUUUCUGGAUGGAAAGCUUUGCCUGAAGAAGUACCUUUGGUGUCAGCGUACAUCAGAUUAUUUGGUCAAGAAAUAGCCUUUGUUGAACUCAGAAAAGACGACAUCCAAGAAGCCACUCAGUCAGACACUCGUGGAUCGAAAGUACUAACUGGAUUACGGAAACUUCUAGAUCGGCUCCAUAACCAGAUUGGAUUACAUGCUUCUGUAGCAUUACUAGCAGCUGAGGUACGACAUGUCAUAGCGACAAGUCUUGGUCUGCCAAUGGAACUGUCCUUUCAUUCAUCUGUUGUAACAGUGGCCACAGCAAAUGUUCAAGCACGCAUCUCUCCUUCCUCCAUUUCUUCAAUUUUUCAGUUACUCAAUGCCGACAUUCAAUUGAAGACCACAAUGAACCCAAGUGUAGCUAUUUAUACCAAAGCUGUCAUGGGAAUUAAUGCACCCUUCAUCCAGGCGGGUGUGGAACUCCAAGCAAGAGUCUGUAUGAAUCAUCCAAUAAAUAUAGCUGCAAGGAUAAAUCUAAAAGAAAGAAAUCUGAAGAUUGAAAGUAAACCAGCUCAACAGGAGAACCCGAUCAUAUCAUUCAAGUCACAAGUUUUUGCUGUUUCAAGAAAUAUUGAAAAUUUAGCUGCAACAAAAAUGACACCAAUUUUACCUGCAAAUACAAUUACAAAGCAAGCCUUCAUGUCUUCAAAGAGGUCAUCCAGAAAGAAUAGGCAAAAAAUUGCUCAACAGUCUUCAGGAAUAAUAUCAGAAGAAACUGAACAGAGAAAACGAUCACAAGUUGCAAGAACUUCUACAUAUAAGAUUUGUUCCAGAGCAAGUGAAUUGGGGAUUGAAAUUUGCCUUGAUGCAUCAAUAGAAGAUGCUGUUUUUAUCAGACCAUCCCCAUUGUAUGCAAUGAUAGGCGAGCAUGCUGUUACAAUAUUUGUAAGACCAGAGUCAGACAUUGAAACAAUUGUGCUAGAAAUACAGACAGGAUCCAAAGCAGCUUCAAAAGUCAUUCGAAUGAUGCAAUGGGAGAAUCAGCAAACUCGUUCAAGCACAAGGAUCUCAAUGAGAGGUUUGUCAGGAAGAAAUCCAUCCUCUGGUUCAAAGCGAACACAAAGCAGUAGCAGUUCAUCAAUUCUUCAAUCAUCUCGCCAGGACGAACUCAUCAGGAGCGCUGGCUCCCCUAUUCUCACCAUCCUUCUUCGAUCCGUAAGGAUUGACAGGAAACAGCAAGGCUAUCAGAUCACUGGAUUCGCAGAGGUUUCAGAUCGCAAACCCAGAGUUCACUUGCGUGUGGUAGAACUGGCUGAAGAUAGCAGGUGGAAAAUCUGUGCUGAUGGUAUAAUGCCUCAUGGACAUAAAGCAAUGAUGACAGUCUAUUAUCAAGGUGCCCAAUUUCCUUUAUCAAUUCCCAUUGGUGCAAUCUCUCCACGGGUAAAAGCAAGAGGAUUCAAAUCCAUCACUGAAAUUCCUGACUUGCUUCUUACAAUGAACCAACGGAAGUGUAUUGCAGAACAAAAUAAGGUACUUUCAUUUGAUAAUGACCAGUUAGAAUAUCAGAUACCUAAUAACUGCUAUUAUGUCCUGACACAAGACUGUUCAAGUGCUCCAAAGUUUGUUUUAUUAAUGAAACGUGCGAAGAUUCAAUCAAAGAAGUCAAUAAAGAUCCUAAUAUCAAAUCCCAAUCUUGUCAUUGAAGCAUAUCCUGAAGAUCAAGAUAUUAAGCUGUUAAUUGACAAUGUGGAUUGCCCAGUGAGCUCCCUACCAAGAGUUGAACAAGGUAUUGUCCAGAUUCGAACAAAUGGCACUGGAAUUAUUUUGGAAGCAAAACGCAUUCAAUUGGACUUAUUAUACUUUGAUGGAGUCAAAGUGCAGGUUGUGGUGAACCAGAUGAAUAAGCGGACUUGUGGUAUUUGUGGGCAUAAUGAUGGGGAGAGAAAGAUGAUAAUGCCAAAUCACAAGCAAACUGAAAGUGUUGAUGUCUUCUUCCAAUCGUGGUUAUGUGCAGGAACCACCUGCCAAGAUGAAUGCAAAGUUCAGCGUGAAUUUGUAGAACUAGAAUCACCACUGAAGUUUGGAGGCAGCGAGUCCAAAUGCUCUCCAAUAGAGCCAGUCCAACGCUGUCUACCUGGGUGUUCACCAACUGGAAAAGUUCCUGUCAGUGUCGCUUUCCAUUGUGUACCAACUGCAAACCUCCAUUCACCAAUCAACAUGAGGGGAAUCAUUUUUGUACUGACUCUAGCCCUUGUGGGGAGUCAUGGAUCCAGCGACAAUUACCACUCUGAUGAAAAGAGGACUCAACCUAGCUUCAGUGAAAAGCAGACCUAUGUUUAUAGGUAUGAAGGUGUGGUCCUGACUGGGCUUCCAGAAAAGGGCUUAAACAGAGCAGGUGUGAGAAUCAAUGCCAAAGUGAAAAUCAGCGCACUAGCACAAAGAAACUAUUUGAUGCUGAUCAGAGACCUUCAGAUUCAGGAGCUGAACGGUGUUUGGCCCAAUGUUCCAUCGGGAACAGCAAGCAAAUUGACACAAAGACUGGCAGCCGACCUGACCAAACCUGUGAAGUUUGAAUACAGCAAUGGCCGAGUUGGAAAUAUUAAUGCCCCUGAAGGCUUGCCUGAAAACAUACUCAAUAUCCACAGAGGCAUUUUGAACAUGCUUCAGAUCACUGUGAAGAACACACAGAAUGUCUAUGAGUUACAAGAGUUGGGAAUUGAAGGCAUCUGCAAUACAAAAUACAUACUUCAGGAAGACAGGAAGACCAACCGAAUUAUUGUGACAAAAUCAAAGGACUUGAGCAACUGCCAGGAGAGGGUCAUGAAGCAACUUGGUUUGGUGUAUGCACUGCCCUGCCCCGCCUGUCAGCAGAGAAACAAGAAUUUACGCAGUAACGUGGCUGUCACUCAAAUUCUGAGGCCUAAAGUAUCUGGUGCAAUCAUUAUUGAAGCCCAUGCACGGGAAAUACAUCAGUUUACACCAUUCCAUGAACUCGAUGGGACUGCUGUGUUGGAGGCAAAACAAAACCUUAUUCUGGAUGACAUCAAAAUUGAACUAGUCCAUGAACCACAAGUGAAAUUUCAGAAUCGUGGAUCUCUGAAAUACCGUUGUGGCACUGAUCUAAUGCAGAAACCAAUUCAGUUGCUUAAGUACCAAAGCCUGGAUGCAAAGAUAAUUGAUACCGUGAGACACAUGGGGCAGUACAAUGAACACGAGGUCCACUUUGAUGCCCCAGAGAGAUUUUUGGAACUUAUUCAGCUUUUGCGUUCUGCCUCAUUUGAGAUUAUUGCAAACAGUUGGAGGAGAGUUGCAGACAAUCAAGAUCAUAGACGAUGGCUAUUGGAAGCACUUCCUGCUGUAGGAACAGCUGAUUCCCUGAGAUUGCUCAAACGCAAAAUUCAAAGUUCGGAAAUCAAAACCAUUGAAGCAGCUCAAGCUUUGAUUCUUGCAAUGCAACAACUCAAAGCCGACCGACAGAGUGUACCUAUUGCUAAAGAACUCCUCUCCGUCGAACAAAUAAAACAAUCUCCCAUUCUUCGCAAAAUUGUUCUUCUGGGCUAUGGUUCUGUCGUGAACAGAUUCUGUGCAGAGCGACAAUCCUGCCCCGAAGAAGUCCUGCAGCCACUCCAUGAUCUGCUUGCCGAUGCUGGCAGUCGUUUACACGAACGAGAGAUUGUUCUUGGCCUCAAAGCAGUCGGUAAUGCUGGACAGUCAACAAGCAUAAAGCGUAUUCAGAAAUUCUUGCCUGGCUUUGGAAGUGCAGCGUUGAGUCUCCCACUAAAGGUUCAGGCUGAUGCUGUAGCUUCAUUGCGUAACAUUGCAAGGAGAGACCCACGAAAGGUACAAGAUAUUACCAUCGAGAUAUUCAUGAAUCGAAAAAAUCAUCCCGAAGUACGAAUGAUUGCUUGCGUUGUGUUGUUUUCUACCAAACCUAGUUUAGCUUUAGUGACAGCAGUAGCUGACUCACUGCUAAAGGAGACCAGCUUACAGGUUGCCAGCUUUACAUAUUCACAUAUGAGAGCUCUAUCCAGAAGCUCGCUUCCAGCUAUCAAUACAUUGGCUGCUGCCUGCAAUAUAGCUGUCAAACUCCUGAGCCCCAGACUUGACCGUCUCGGUACCCGAUACAGCAGAGUUUUCCACCUGGAUAUGUUUAGAUAUAAUCUAAUGACUGGAGCUUCUGCUAGAGUGCUUCUGUUAAACAAUGUUGGCAGCACUCUCCCAUCAGCCAUAUUAGGCAAAAUCCGAGGUCAUGGUCUUGGAGGUUCAGUGGAUCUUUUGGAGGUUGGCGUACGAGCAGAGGGUCUUCAGGAGGCCCUAAUGAUAAAUCGUGUCCCCCUCAGCGAUAGGACGAAUGCAGAACAGAUUCUACGCGUUUUGAAAACGCUUUCUGGGUGGAAAGCCUUGCCCGAAGAAGUGCCUCUGAUGUCAGCGUACAUCAGAUUGUUUGGUCAAGAGCUCGCUUUUGCUGAACUCAGAAAGGAUGACAUUCAACAAGCCACUCAGACACUCAGCACUUCAGUACAAAACCAACUCAAGAGAUCCAUGGAACAGCUAGAAAGGGGGAUUAAAGCACGUCCUUCUAAAGCAUUGCUAGCAGCUGAGGUUCGACGUGUUAUACCAACGGGUCUCGGUCUGCCCAUGGAACUGUCCUUGAUUUCUUCUGCUGUUGCAGUGGCCAAAAUAAACGUUCAAGCACAGACUUCUUCUUCCUCUGCUUCUUCUCCCAUCACCAGAAUUUCUCAAUUGCUAAGUUCCACCAUUCAGAUAUCAACUACAAUAAACCCAAGUUUGGCCAUUGUCACCAAAGCAGUCAUGGGAAUUAACGCACCAUUCAUGCAAGCCGGUGUAGAACUCCUCGCAAGAGUUAGUGUGAAUCAACCAAUAAAUAUAAAUGCAAGGAUCAAUGUAAAAGAGCAAAACCUCAAGAUUGAGAGCAAGCCAUCUACAGAGGAACGCCGAAUAAUAUUGCUAAAUUCUCAGGUUUUUGUUGUUUCAAGAAAUAUUGAGGAUUUGACUUCAGCAAAGAUGACCCCAAUUUUACCUUCAUCAAAUGAAGUCAGCAUUACGCAACAAGAAUUCAGAACGCAACAUAGCUCAUCAGAAGACUACCACCAAACCAUUCCCCGGUUGUCUCCAGAAUCAAUAUCUCAGGAAACGUCAUCCUCUGAAGAACAGCGACGUAUCCCAAGUGCCUCUACGUAUCACACCUGUGCUAUAACAACUAAACUUGGCCUAGAAGUUUGUCUGGAUGCUAGAAUGAAAAACUCUGUCUUCAUCAAAAAUUGUCUCUUGUACCGUCUCAUUGGCCAGCAUGCUGUUAAUGUAACCAUCAAACCAGUUCAGUCAGAGUCAGAAAUUGAAAGAAUCGUGCUGGAAAUACAGACAGGAUCCAAAGCAGUUUCAAAAAGAAUUCGAUUGACAGACCAAGAGGACCAACAAAGUGGAAGAAUUCAGGAAGGAGCUUUUAUGAAGCGCACAGAGAGCAAAACAAAAAAUACCUCUCUGAAAAGCAGUUCCUCAUCCAGUUCCAGAAGAUCAUAUCACUUUUCUAGUGAUCGCCGAUCGAGCAGACGUUCACGUGAUGGAAUGCGUGGAGUUUCCCCAGAUGAUCAGGGACUAGGAAGGACAACAAGUGAGUUACAGAGCAGUAGCAGCAGCAGCAGCAGCAGCAGCAGCAGAAUGCAGACCAGCACACAACUAAGCAGCAGUAGACAAAUAUCAUCUAGUAGACGCAUAUCCGAUGACCGACGCAGAUCCAGUGACCGACGCAGAUCCAGUGACCGACGCAGAUCCAGUGACCGACGCAGAUCCAGUGACCGACGCAGAUCCAGUGACCGACGCAGAUCCAGUGACCGACGCAGAUCCAGUGACCGACGCAGAUCCAGUGACCGACGCAGAUCCAGUGACCGACGCAGAUCCAGUGACCGACGCAGAUCCGAUGACCGACGCAGAUCCAGUCGCAGACGCACAUCCAGUCGCAGACUCGGAUUAUCCAGGAAGAUGCAGAGUGCAGAGGUUUUAAUGCUUCGGUUCAAGUCAACACAUCACACUGAGCGCUCAAGAAUGUCACAGAGAACCAUAUCAGAAAAAGACAGCAGCAGUUCAUCAAUUCUUCGAUCAUCUCGCCAGAACGAACUCAUCAGGAGCGCUGGCUCCCCUAUUCUCACCAUCCUUCUUCGAUCCGUAAGGACUGACAGGAAACAGCAAGGCUAUCAGAUCACUGGAUUCGCAGAGGUUUCAGAUCGCAAACCCAGAGUUCACUUGCGUGUGGUAGAACUGGCUGAAGAUAGCAGGUGGAAAAUCUGUGCUGAUGGUAUAAUGCCUCAUGGACAUAAAGCAAUGGCAUUAUUGAGGUGGGGUCAAAACUGCCAGGACUAUAAGGUGUCUGUUAAAGCAUCAAACGGUCAACUUGCAAGAAAUCCAGCACUUAAGAUCAAAUUGCAAUGGUCCAGGAUUCCCGAUUGGCUGAAAUCAAGUGAAAGAAUGGUUGGCGAAUCAUUACCAGCAAUUGCCUACCUGUCAGGAAUGUCCCAAAGAUAUCAAAGUAAUCCUUCUCGGCAGAUUACAGUUGUGUUCGCUCUAACAACACCACGAACUAUCGAUACCAUCAUUAAAGUUUCCAAGAUGACAGUCUACUAUCUGGGUGCUCAAAUUCCUUUAGCUGUUCCCAUCAGUGCAAUUGCUCCACGAGUGAAAGCAAGAGGAUUCAAAAGCAUCACUGAAAUUCCUGACAUACUUCUGAAAAUGAACCAACAGGAGUGUUGGGUGGAACCAGACAGAGUUCGUACAUUCGACAAUCAGACAUUAAAAUAUCGAAUUCCUAAUGAUUGCAACUAUGUGCUGACCCAAGACUGUUCAAGUGUUCCAAGAUUUGUUUUAUUAAUGAAACGUGCCAAGGAUCAAACAAGGAAGUCAAUAACACUCAUUCUGUCAAAUCCCAGCAUGGUCAUUGAAGCAUAUCCAGAAGGCCAAGAUAUUAAACUUAAAAUCGACAAUGUGGAGCAUCCAAUGAGUUCCCUACCAAGAAUUGAACAAGGUGUCCAAAUUCAAUCAAAUGGCACUGGAAUUAUUCUGGAAGCAUCUCAUAUUAAUUUGGAUUCAAUAUAUUUUGAUGGAGACAAAGUGCAGGUCGCAGUGAACCAGAUGAAUAAGCAUAUCUGUGGUAUUUGUGGACAUAAUGAUGGGGAGAGAAAGAUGAUAAUGCCAAAUCACAACGAAACUGAAAGCGUUGAUGUCUUCUUCCAAUCAUGGUUAUGUACAGGAAAUAGCUGCAGAGAUGAAUGCAAGGUUCGACGGGAAUUUGUGGAACUAGAUUCAUCGCUGAGUUUUGAAGGCAGGGAAUCCAGGUGCUCUCCAAUGGAAUCAGUUCAACGCUGUCUACCUGGAUGCGCACCAAUGGAAAGAGUCCCAGUCAGUGUUGCUUUCCAUUGUGUACCCUCUAAUCCUUCUAUGAGCGAACUGAUAAGUUUUGAUGUACGCCGCUCUGUGGAUUCUCAUAGCGACUGUAUUGAAGAACAAAUGGGAGAUUGGAGAAUUGAGAAACUUUGGAAUGCAACAUGUAUACACUCUGGAGUAUGCCCAGCAGACAAAGCAAACCUCCAUUCGCCAAUUAACAUGAGGGGGAUCAUUUUCUUAUUGGCUCUAACCCUUGUGGGGAGUCAGAGGACGAAAAAAGAACACUAUUCUAGUGAAAAGAGUUCACAACCCAACUUCAGCGAAAGGCAGACCUAUGUUUAUAACUAUGAAGGUGUGGUUCUGACUGGGCUUCCAGAAAAUGGCUUGAACAGAGCAGGUGUAAAAAUCACUGCCAAAGUACAAAUCAGCGCACUGGCACAAACUAACUAUCUGAUGAUGAUAAAAGACCCUCAGAUUCAGGAGCUCAAUGGCAUUGCACCCACUGUACCAUUGACUACAACAAGUAAACUGUCACAGAGAAUGGCAGCAGACUUGACCAGACCUGUGAGGUUUGAAUACGUCAAUGGCCGAGUUGGAAAGAUCGAUGCCCCUGAAACCUUGCCAGAAAAUAUUCUCAACAUCCACAGAGGCAUUUUGAACUUGCUUCAGAUCACCAUUAAGAAGACACAAAAUGUCUAUGAGUUACAAGAGGCUGGAAUUGAAGGCAUCUGCCAUACAAGAUAUAUACUUCAAGAGGUCAAGAAGACCAACCAUAUUGUUGUAACAAAAUCAAAGGACUUGAGCAAUUGUCAGGACAGGGCCAUGCAACAAAUAGGUGUGGCUUAUGCACAGCCCUGCAUUUCCUGUCAGCAGAGAGGCAAGAAUCUCCGAGGUACUGUGGCUAUUACCCAAGUUCUGAAACCCACAAAAUCAUCGGGUGCUCUCAUUACUGAGGCUAAUUCACGGGAAUUGCAUCAAUUCACACCAUUGCAUGAACUUGAUGGAACUGUAAUUUUGGAGGGAAGACAAGACCUUACUUUAAACGAAAUCAAAGCAGAAGCUGUGCCAGUGCCACAGGUUAAAUUUUUGCCCCGUGGAAGCUUGAAAUACGUUACUGACCGUGAUAUACUCCAGAGACCAAUUCAAUUGCUUAAAUACGACAAUCUGGAAGCACAGAUCGUUAACAUCUUGAGAUACCUGGCUCAGUAUAACCAACAGGAGGUCCGAAUAGAUGCUCCAGAUAAAUUUCUUCAACUUAUCCAGCUUCUCCGACUUGCCUCAUUUGAAACCCUUGCAAAAACUUGGAGGCGAUUUUCAAACGCAAUGGACAGGCAAGAUACAGAGGAAUACAGAUGUAGACGAUGGCUAUUGGAAGCACUUCCUGCUGUAGGAACAGCUGAUUCCCUGAGAUUGCUCAAACGCAAAAUUCAAAGUUCGGAAAUCAAAACCAUUGAAGCAGCUCAAGCUUUGAUUCUUGCAAUGCAACAACUCAAAGCCGACCGACAGAGUGUACCUAUCGCUAAAGAGCUCCUCUCCAUCGAACAAAUAAAACAAUCUCCCAUUCUUCGCAAAAUUGUACUUCUGGGCUACGGUUCUGUGGUGAACAGAUUCUGUGCAGAGCGACAAUCCUGCCCCGAAGAAGUCCUGCAGCCACUCCAUGAUCUGCUUGCCGAUGCUGGCAGUCGUUUACACGAACGAGAGAUUGUUCUUGGCCUCAAAGCAGUUGGUAAUGCUGGACAGUCAACAAGCUUAAAGCGUAUUCAGAAAUUCUUGCCUGGCUUUGGAAGUGCAGCGUCGAGUCUCCCACUAAAGGUUCAGAUUGAUGCUGUGUCUGCAUUGCGCAAUAUUGCAAGGAGAGACCCAAGAAAGGCACAAGAGAUUACCAUGCAGAUAUUUAUGAAUCGAAGGAAUCAUCCUGAAGUCCGAAUGAUGGCUUGUGCAGUGCUAUUUUCUACCCAACCUGGUUUACCUUUAGUAGCAGCAGUAGCGAAUUCUCUGCUACAAGAGACCAGUUUACAGGUUGCCAGCUUUACAUAUUCACACAUGAAAGCUAUAUCAAGAAGCUCACUACCUGCUCUCAAUUCAGUGGCUGCUGCCUGCAAUGUGGCUGUCAAGCUUCUAAGCCCCAAACUUGACCAACUUGGUGUCCGAUACAGCAAGGUUUUCCGUGCUGAUAUAUUUAGAUAUAAUCUGAUGUCAGGAGCAGCUGCUAAAGUGCUUCUAAUAAACAGUGCUGGCAGUGCUAUCCCAACAUCAAUUUUGGCCAAAGUUCGAGGUCAUGCCCUUGGCUCUUCAGUAGAUCUUGCAGAGGUUGGCUUGCGAGCAGAUGGUCUUCAGGAAGCCCUACUGAGAAAUAGAGUAACACUCACUGGCAGGCCGAAUAUUGAAAAGAUUCAGCGUAUUUUAAAAAUGCUUUCAGGAUGGAAAUCCUUGCCUGAUGAAGUACCUCUCGCAUCAGCACACUUCAAAUUAUUUGGCCAAGAAAUAGCUUUCAUUGAAUUCAGAAAGGAUGACAUCCAACAAGUCACUCAGACACUCGGCACUUCAGUGCAAAACCAAAUAAAGAGAUCUAUAGAACAACUCCAAAGGGGGAUUAAAGCACAUCCUUCUAAAGCAUUGCUGGCAGCUGAGGUUCGACGUAUUGUACCUACAGGCCUAGGUCUGCCCAUGGAACUGUCCUUGAUUUCUUCUGCUGUUGCAGUGGCCAAAAUCAAUGUUCAAGCACAGACAACCCCUUCCUCCUUAUCUAGAAUCUCUGAAUUGAUGAGUGCCAACAUUCAACUAGACAUCACCCCAAGUGUGGUUAUACUCACUAGAGCAGUCAUGGGAAUCAAUACUCCCUUCAUCCAGGCAGGAGUUGAACUCCAAACAAGAGUCCGUAUAAAUCAACCUGUAAAUGUAGCAGCAAAAAUAAAUAUAAAAGAAAGAAAUCUCAAGAUUGAGAGUAAACCAUCUGUAGAGGAGCACAAAAUAAUAUCUCUGAGUUCCCAGGUUUUUGCUGUUUCAAGAAAUAUUGAGGAGUUAUCUGCAGCAAAAAUGAUGCCCAUUUUACCCAUAACAAGUGAAGCCAGCAUUACAAGGCAAGAAUUCAAAUCACAGCACACAUCAACGCAAGAGGCUAGACGAAGCAUUCCACGGUGGUCUCCAGAAACAAUAUCUCAAGAAUUGUCAUCCUCUGAAGAGCAGCGACCACGUAUCCCAAGUCCCUCUACAUAUCACACCUGUGUUAGAACAACUAAAUUUGGACUAGAAGUUUGUCUGGAUGCUAGAAUGAAAAGCUCUGCCUUCAUCAGAAAUUGUCUAUUAUACCGUCUCAUUGGCCAGCAUGCUGUUAAUGUAACCAUCAAACCAGUUCAUUGGGAGUCAGAAAUUGAAAAAAUCGUGCUGGAAAUACAGACAGGAUCCAAAGCAGCUUCAAAGGUGAUUCGAUUGACAGACAAAGAAGAAGUGCAAAGUGGAAGAAUUCGGGAAGGAGAGUUUAUGACGACCACACAGCGUCGAACACGUCUCUCUUGGAGCAGCAGUUCUUCAUCCAGUUCCAGGAGACUAACACAUGCUUCUGGGCAUCGCACCAUUACACCUGUAAGCAGUGAUUCCCCUGAUGAAAUAAAUGACAGCCUUCGCACACCGGAAAGAAGACUGAGGACAUCAAGCAGCAGCAGUAGCAGCAGACGGCUACAAAGCAGCAGAACACAAGACGAUAACAGAAUGCAAAUGAGAAGCAGCAGCAGCAGUAGUAGCAGCAGCAGGAGAACAAGCAGCAAAACCUGGAGUGAUCAGCAAAGAAUGGCAGGAGGAGUUUCCGAGCCUCGGUUCACAUCAACACAGCGCAGUAGGCGUUCAAGCACAAGAAUCUCAAUGAGAAGUUUGUCAGGAAAAAAUCCAUCUGGUUUAAGGCAAACACAAAGCAGUGGCAGUUCAUCAAUUCUUCGAUCAUCUCGCCAGGGCGAACUCAUCAGGAGCGCUGGCUCCCCUAUUCUCACCAUCCUUCUUCGAUCCGUAAGGAUUGACAGGAAACAGCAAGGCUAUCAGAUCACUGGAUACGCAGAGGUUUCAGAUCGCAAACCCAGAGUUCACUUGCGUGUGGUAGAACUGGCUGAAGAUAGCAGGUGGAAAAUCUGUGCUGAUGGUAUAAUGCCUCAUGGACAUAAAGCAAUGGCAUUAUUGAGAUGGGGUGAAAACUGCCAGAGUUAUAAGGUUUCCGUUAAGGCUUCAACUGGUAGCCUUGCAAGCCACCCAGCAAUUAAGAUCAACUUGCAAUGGUCCAGGAUUCCUGAGAUGCUGAUAACAUCUGGAAGAAUGAUUGGAGAAUCAUUACCAGGAAUUGCCUAUGCAUUAGGAUGGUCACAAAGAUAUCAAAGCAAUCCUUCUCGACAGAUUACACUGCUGGUUGCUUUAACAUCACCACGAACUAUCGAUACCAUUGUUAAAGUACCCAAGAGGACAGUCUUUUAUCAAGGUGCCCAAAUUCCUUUAGCAGUUACCGUUAGUGCAUUCCCUCUACAAGUAAGAGCAAGAGGAUUCAAAUCCAUCACUGAAAUUCCUGACAUACUUCUGACAGUGAACCAACAGGAGUGUUUUGUGGAACCAGGAAGAAUUCGUACAUUCGACAAUCAGACAUUAAGUUAUCAGAUACCUAAUGAUUGCCACUAUGUGCUGACCCAAGACUGUUCACAAUCUCCAUCAUUUAUCUUGUUGAUGAAGCGUGCUAAGGAUCAAUCAAGGAAAUCAAUAACACUUGUGUUGUCAAAUCCCAAUAUGGUCAUUGAAGCACAACCUGAAGGACAAGACGUUAAAUUGUUAAUUAACGGUGUAGAGCGCUCAAUGAGUUCUCUACCCAUAAUUGAACAAGGUGUUGUUCGGAUUCAGAAAAACAGCACUGGAAUUACUUUGGAAGCAACCCAGAUGAAUUUAGAUUUGGUGUACUUCGAUGGGAACAAAGUCCAGGUUAGAGUGAACCAGAUGAAUAAGAGGACAUGUGGUAUUUGUGGACAUAAUGACGGAGAGAGAAAGAUGUUAAUGCCAAAUCAAGAAGAAACCGAAAGUGUUGAUCGCUUCUUCCAAUCAUGGUUGUGUACAGGAGAGUCCUGCAAAGAUGACUGCAAAGUUCGCCAAGAAUACGUGGAACUAGAAGAAUUGAUCAAUUAUGAAGGGGUAGAUUCCAGAUGCUAUUCAGUUGAACCAGUCCCACGCUGUUUCUCAGGAUGUUCACCAACUGAAAGAGUAUCCGUGCCUGUUUCUUUCCACUGUGUAUCAUCCAAUUCCUCCAUGAGCAGAUUUGAAGAAUUGAGUUUUCGUAAGAAGUCUGCUGAUUUACGAAGAUUUGUGGAUUCCCAUAGUGACUGUGCUUGAACAAAAAGAUAUAUAGUUAUCUUGUCUGCAUGAAGGAUAUUACAGCAUAAACUACACAUCAGUUUGACUACUACUUCAAUUAUAAUCAUGAAUGUAAUACCACAAUUUUUUGAAAAAUUGAGAAUUAAUGUUUUAAGCAAUUCAGUGUUCUGGAAUGUUCCUUAAUAUGUUCUAAUAAAGUUUUCACCGCUCAGCAAGUGCAAAAAA